AUGGAGCGGCUCUUUCAAAUAGAGGAGAUUCUUGCGUAUAUCGAGGAGCAGAAGAAGAGGAACGCAAGCGCAACGCGGCAGCUCUCUAUGUACUACGAGGCAACGCAGAAGAAUCUGGAAACCAAUGAAAAAACCUAUUCGCUGUGGGAGGGGUACAUCGACACUCUGGAAAAAAAUGGGUACGGCCACUCAGAGAUCCGCGAGGUGUACAAAAUGCUCAAAAGCAAGUUCUGGAGAUUCCUGCCCUUCUGGAAGGGUUGGUUCGGCUACGAAAGCCGUCUUCCCAUAGACCAAAGCAAAAGAGCAAAAGUCCUGGAGCUUGCAAAUGACAUUUUGCAGUACAAGGAGUGUCUGGAGAAAGAGAAGAUUUUGCAGUGGAUUAGAGAAAAAUCAAUAGGAUCAGCAAAAGAAAACAACAUAACAAAGAGCAUCUAUAUGUAA